AUGGCAAGGAAGGAUAUAGAUCGAGUCCCACUCAUGAGUGAGUUUCUAGAUGUGUUUCAAGAAGAACUUUCGGACGUACCACCAAAUAGGGAUGUUGAAUUUUCGGUCAAAGUCACACCUGAUAUCGCUCUUACUUCAUGUGGUCCUUAUCGUAUGACACCUCUAGAACUAAGAGAGUUGAAGAAUCAACUACAAGAAUUUUUGGAUAAGAAUUUCAUCAGACCUAGUGUCUCUCUAGGGAGUGCAUCGGUACUGCUUGUGAAGAAGAAUGAUGGAACACUUUGGUUAUGCAUAAACUAUCACAAGUUAAAUAAGGUGAUAGUUAAGAAUAGGCAUUAUGAGUUCUUGGUAAUGCCUUUCAGUUUGACAAAUGCUCUUGUGGUGUUUAUGGAUUUGAUGAAUAAGCUUGAAUUCGAGGUGGAGUUCGUGGUUUGUAUCAAUGCAUCCUUGAAUGACCUUAGAUGCAGGCACUACUUGUAUGGGGAGAAGUAUCGCAUAUUCUCAAAUCAGAAGAGCCUGAAGUAUCUACAUACUCAAAAGGAUUUGAACCUGCAGCAGCAACAUUGGAUGGAAUUGCUAAAGGACUAUCACUUGACGGUUAAAUACCAUCCAGGAAAAGCAAAUGUAGUGGCAGGCGCAUAG